AUGCAAGAAGAAGUUUCAGCCUUCGAGAAUUGCAUUGGCGCCGGGCGAGUGGAGGGAUGGUUUUGCACUUCUUCAUUCGACAAUGAGAAGAAAGGAUGGGGGCAUGUGGAGUCCUACAGUUUCGAGGGCCACCUUUUCUUCCACCUCCAGCGGAGUCCUUCGCUGCGCGGAGUCAGGUAUAGCAAGAGGGACCCCGUGUCCUUCGAGGUGGUGGAGUUCAAUGGCCGCUGCGAGGCUGUGAAGCUGCUCCUGCCAACCAUGCCGCAGGACGACCCCGACGAGGUGCAAAUGCGCAAAUGCAUGCAAUGCCCCGGAAAAGUGGAGCGAACACCAUGA